AUGAUCAUCAUCUACGGCCUGGCCUACGGUCUCAUCUUCCUGAGCGCCAUCGUCGGCAACGUGAUGGUGAUCGUGGUGGUGGUGACGACCCCGUGCCUGCACACGCAGACCAACCUGUUCAUUGCAAACCUGGCCGUGGCGGAUGUCCUGGUGGCCAUCUUCUGCAUUCCGAUCACAUUCUUACACGAGAUCUAUUCAGGUAGGUCCGGGGUAAUCGAAGCUAGAAUAAUCUAUGAGGCAGGCCUGCGCAUCAUGCGGCCCGCCAUCACCCACCUUGCGGCCCGAGAAGUAACGAAAUAUUAUUUAUUCUUAUUAUUUUCUUCAUGGCUUCCCCCUUGUCCUAUUUUCUUUUGGCCCGCACAAGUCUUGUCCCUUUUUUUCUUUUGGCCCGCACAAAUUUUUCAUUACGUAUUACGGCCCGCCUUACAUUUUGAGUUGUGCUGGCCUGAUCUAAGGAGUCGGUUUGAUUUUUAUCAUAUAGCUGAAACUGGAAAGAAUGUGGGGAAGGGAAUUUAAAUAUAAAGCAAUUAGAGAAUACGAUGGUUUAUUAAUUAAUACUACGAAAUUUCUGCUUACCACAUAGGGGAGUCAAGGCGCUUGCCAAGGAGGGGCGUGCAAGCAGCUUCUUUUAAAAACUUAGCAGUAUAUUGUUCCCCCAAUUAUAGGGCCGCCCCCACCCCUUUUGGUAAUUUUCGCCUUGCCCUCCAGAGUAAACGAAAAGACGGAAUUGUGUUUACUUUUUAGGAACUGUAUGAAAGAAACUUGAUUGUGCUAUCAAUAACUUAUUAUUGACGUAAGUGGCAAAGCGAUUUUUUUUUUUAAAUUGCUAUUCUAAAAACCAUAGUAGCAAUUUUCCUGUUUUCCCAAUGCCAUGGAGCAGUGACAUGGAUAUUGAAAGAAAUAACGAAUUUAUAACUUUUUAUUUUAGUGUCUAGUUUAAUUUGUUUGGAUUUGCGUUAUUUUCACCUCAAUGGAUUAAUCUAUUUUUUUGGUAUUUUUAAUGAACGUCAUUUUACGUGAAAGAAAAACAAGUAACUCUGAUAUAGAUAGCUUACAAAUUUAUUGAAGUCAUUUUAAAAUGCUAUGCAGAUUGGCAUUUUUCUUAUAAUUUCUUUACGAAAUUUACUUGGUGAGGGGCAUUCUUUUUUUUUUAAAUGUAUUCAUUUACGAAGAUAAACAUGGCUGUAGUUUUCCUCACUCCAUGCAGGGAUAAUUUCCUCCUGGCGUUUUCAUAACGGAUCAUUGAUUUAAAUGGGUUGGAGAAGAACGGGGGCUGCUUAACUCCUGGUUCAAGGAUUAAAUAAACUUUUUUUAAAAAAACAGAGCACGUGAUUAGGAGUCCCAGCACGCCAUUGUUUACAGCAACAACAAAAAAACGAUCUAUUUUAAAGAAAAGAAACUAAAAGAUUAAAAGGUUGAACUUAAGUUAAAGUUUUGGGGUUUUUUAGUUUAGGAAUAUAAAUUAAUGGCAAGAGAACAGUUUGUAAAUGCCCUACACUCUAAAUCAUUCUAAUCGAAAUGGGUGGCCCGGUGGUCUAAACUGACUCAAUACAAAUAGCUGGUGGUCUGGAGUUCAAUCCCAAAGAAAUCCCAAGCACCCAAGGGUGGAUGACCCUCGUUAGCCUUGGACGGCGACUCUGAAUUCAAACCAGGAGCCAGAUGGUCAACAAACUGAUCGCGGGCUCUCAAGUAAAGGGGACAUUUAUAAUAAUGUGAAUAGAUCAGGAAGGGGACAUUUAUAAUAAUGUGAAUAGAUCAGGAAGGGGACAUUUAUAAUAAUGUGAAUAGAUCAGGAAGGGGACAUUUAUAAUAAUGUGAAUAGAUCAGGAAAGGGACAUUUAUAAUAAUGUGAAUAGAUCAGGAAAGGGACAUUUAUAAUAAUGUGAAUAGAUCAGGAAAGGAAACUGAAAUAAAGUGUUGACCCCUCGCAACAUUUAAAUGGUCGAGAUGACCAACCAUUUCCUAACCUUGCCAGACUGAAAUAGAUGAUGUCAGGAAUAUUUAUUUUUUUUAAACAACACUACAAUAGUGUCAAGAUCACAGCGUUUUAUGGAAAGUAGUUAUUUGAAUAGUACAAGGGCAGGAAUGUUUGAAUAGUGCAUGAAUAACUAUUUACCACGGAAGAAAUUUUUGAAUAGUAGGCCUACAUGAAUCAUUAUUGCCAGGGGAAGAAUAAUGAACAGUAUCUGAAUCAUUAUUAUUAGAAUUGCCAACAAACCGGCAAUUUACGAAAAUUCCGUAAAAAUGUUUCCUUAAAUGGUUAGUCCCUUGGAGUCUUUAAAAAAAUUGUGAAUGUUCGUCAAAAGUGAGAACUUGUAACAAGAGUUCGAAGUUUGGAUGUCUGCCUGAUUGUUUAGACUUGAAGUAUCAUCAUCAGAAUACAUUCGAAUUUGAUGAGAAUUUCAUCAAAUAAACUAUCACAAUAAAAUGUGCUCAUGCCUUAUGAUCAUAUGUAUAGUGAUAAAGACGUCAUAGACUCUAUUACGUACAGUGAUAAAGAAGUCAUAGACUCUAUGACGUACAGUGAUAAAGAAGUCAUAGACUCUAUGACGUACAGUGUUAAAGAAGGGACUAAUCAUAUAAUAUAUAUUCAUUAAAAUAUGUCCUUAAAAAAAUAAUCUUGUCCAGACGAAAAAAGUGUUGUGCUUUAGAAUAUGUUUUUUUCAGUAAAUGUUAUGUUAUUGAUAUUGGGGUUGGCAGCCCUGAGUGUUAUGCUAUUGGGUUGGGCAACCCUAAGUGUUAUGCUAUUGGGGUGGCAACCCUAAAUGUGUUAUGUUAUUAAGGUUGGCAACCCUGAGUGUUAUGUUAUUGGGGUUUGCAACCCUGGGUGUUAUGUUAAUGAGGUUACAAGAACAGCAAACAUUCACUUUGAUAUCUCGCCACCAAAUGGAUUAGGAAGACUAGAUUUUAGGUCACAGCAAAACUUAACAAGGAUGUAAAGAAAUACAUUAUAUUAAGGGUAUAUGCGGCCCCAUUGAUUGUAAAGGUGAAGCUGGCUUAUGUGGUAUACGCGCGUUAACACAAGACUCAGUCACCAACCACACCGCGACUCUAGCAGGGAGCAAGCUGGCUCGUCAAAAUUAUACAAUGGUGCCGCAAUGCUCGAGGGGAUCAAGAUUAUAUUGGUCGUGUCUGUUGUCUCUGCUUAGAAUAAUUGACAGCUUCCGAUUCCUAAGAGUGCUGUUAUUUGUUUUGAGCCCAAUACAGAUGACGUGGAGGAAUGAUAUGGAAAUGUCAACCUUGCAACACCAAAAAAAACUCAUUAUUUAAUGAGAAUGCAGAUUUCUGCCACCAGCUAGUGCUCAAGGGUUGUACAUUCCACACAAAACAAUAGUAUUAAAAAAAUAAACUUCAAAGUCUGUGUCAAAAAAUAUGUUGAUGCAAUGAGUUUUAUUUGAAUAAAGUAAACAAUGUGUUUACCUUUAUAGCCAGACUUUAUUUAUUUAAGGGCUUAGGUCAUGCUAACAGUUGUUUUCUGUCUCCCCGCUUUUCUUUAUAUGCUAUGACUACAAACGAGCGCAGCAACUUUAACAAAACAUUGGAUCGGAGGGUGGACAUUGGUGUUGUUUGUUUUUUAACGAAAUGUUAACAACAUGUGAUUUCGAAAUAUGUCAAUCUACGAUACGGCAAAGUGAAAAAGCUUAAAAUAUCUCUCUAAAUCUAAACUGAGCAGUUUAUCAAAUUUUAGCUCUCCAGCUCGGAGGGAGUUUUAAACACUGUCAUCUGUAAUUGAACGGAGAUUUGCUUGUGUACAAGACGCCCGCACAUAAGAUAAGACAUAUUCUACACGCAGACUUCAGAUUGAUACCUUUCAGUUCUGGUUUAUCUUUUGAAUUGAAAAUUACACGCUUUUUUGUACGUUAAAUAAAACGUUGUUUGUUUUUUUUUUUAAAUUACUAAAAUCUUCUAUAAGACUAUUUUGGUAUUUCUGAUGAUCCUUGCUCGCCACCUAACGAUGGCGGAGGCAACGCUAAAUUUGAUAGCUUAAAAAUUAUGUACACCUUUCAACGUGUGCAUAAAGUUCUCAGGGAUAUUUUUAUUUAAAAAUGUUCUACUCAUGUUCAAUCUCCAUAUUCUAUAGGCUGGCCGUUUGGACCCGUGCUGUGUAAAAUGACGCCUUAUAUUCAAGGGGUGGCGGUGUGUGUGUCGGUGUACAACCUGGCGGCCAUUGCGAUAGAUAGGUAAGACACGUAUACGCAAAAUCCUUUUCAAGCUCUUCAGAAUACACAUCUGGUUAAAAUAUUUGGAGCCAGGGCCUCCACUCAAUUUUUUUUUUAAUUCCCAUGAUUUGGUCAAAACAUUUCCUAAGAUUUCCCAAGAUCAUGAAAAUAUAUUAGAGGUUUUUUUUUUUAAAGGAUCUUGGGAUUUUUUUUAAAAAUGUGAGUUUUUGUCCUGAAUGGGGUUUGAAUUACCAAGAUCUUGGGAAAUUUCCCAAGGUGUGGCAGCCCUGUUUGGAGCUAGUUCAUCACACGGGUGUUCUUGUUGCUCAGAGCUGAUUAUUAUUUGUAAGCGAAUUUACGGGUAAUUGUCUUGUGCAUGUAAAAUUAAUAUAUUAAAUUAAAUAGUUGCAGGCUGCAAUUCUUCACAUCAUAGGCUAUACAAAAAAAUAAUGAGUCAAAGACUUGUUAUAGUUAUUUGUUAUUUCACGUUGUGUCAGCUGCACAUCAACCCCCCCCCUUUCCAACCCAUUUUCUCUAUCUCCUGGCAGAUUGCUCGCCAUUUGUUUCAACCCACAAAUGCGGAUCAUGAGACGCGGAGCUUGCCUCAUACUUGGCCUUAUCUGGGUCUUCUCCUUCGCCCUCAUGUUGCCCUGGCUCAUCUACUUCCAGCAGUUCGACCACGGCGCGGGGCAGCAGGCGGUGCCGGUGUGCCACGAGGUCUGGCCGAGCCUGCCCGCCCAGCAGGCCUACUUCUUCGUCGCCAUCUUCCUGGGAACCUACCUCCUGCCCCUGCUGGUCACGUUCUCCUGCUACCUCCUCAUCGCCUGGCGCGUGUGGCACAGGCGCGCCCCGGGCGUCGCCAUGGGAAACGGGGUCAUCAAGCACGGCAAACUCAACGUGAUCAAGAUGCUGGUCACCGUGGUGGUCAUGUUCACGUUCUCGUGGCUGCCUCUGCACACGAUGUACCUCAUUUUAUACUUCUCCAACGUGGAGACGGGAGUGAUCACAAGUAUCUUCGAGAUCGGAAUGCCGCUGGCGCACUGGCUUGAACUGAGCAACUCUGGCAUGAACGCUUUUAUAUACAGUUUCUUCUCUGGCAACUUCAGGAGGGGGUUCUUGCGUUUAUGGUACUGUCUGCGUGGGAAGACUAAGCCGCCGAGA